AACAAAGGGUUUGGCUGUCUAUAGGAGUUUGGUUUCGACAAUUUGAAGUAAAUUGAAUAAAAUGUCAACUGGGCGAUCAGCAAGGGCAGAAACUAGAAGUCGGGCAAAAGAUGACAUUAAGCGAGCUAUGACUGUACUGGAGAAAGUACGACGAUGGGAAAAGAAAUGGGUUUCAAUUGCUGAUUCUUCACUAAGAAUAUAUAAAUGGGUUCCAAUGCCAGACUCGGUGGUUAAAGAAAACGAACUGCAAGAAAAUGCAGAACCACCAAAAAUCCCCGAAAAUCCUCCGAAAAACCCAGACGUAUUAUUAAUUAAUGAGAAUAGUCGUACCAACACCAGUACACCCUCCUCUGCCCCUAGUCCAGCUGAUAUAGACGACAGUUCAAUGGACUCCUUGUUAAUAUGGCAGGAUGAAAAAUCUCGCGACUCUGUGACAACGAAUUCAAAUGGAAAUUCAACCGAAUCAAAUAAACCUCAAACCUCAACUGAAAAUUCUUCAAAUAAAAGACCAGGAACACCAAACCAACAAAACAGUCAAACAGCAAAGCGGUUUCGAAGCGAAUAAAAUAAACUAUUUCAUAAGAUACCUGAUAAAUUAGCCAUUUUGUUAAGUAUUUACAACGCUGCUAUUUCAUGAUAGACUGUUUCAUAACAAAGUUGAAUAUUGUAUCUUGGCAACAGAACCGCGCUGUUGUGUUUUUAUUUGCAGUACUUAUUUGAUUUAGUCAUUUUAGUGAAUCACAAAAUAUAGUAUCAAUUAUGUUUUGUUUAGAUUCUAUAGAAAAAAAUAAAUUUGUUGUUGAAA